CUCCAUGUUACACAUAUUUCUGCUGUUUAAUAUCAUCUCAAUAUUGUGCGCUCAAACAUGCUCCACUACUUAGAUUUCUUGUGAAUCCAUUAAAACUAGCGAUUUAUGCCAUUAAACUAGAGAUUCAAAUGAUAAUCACCCUUGUGAGUGGAAUACAGAUAAAUGUGAAAAAUCAAUUCUUUACAAUCUGCCAUGUUCCAAAUAUGCUAAUGAGUAUAAUUGCUUUUAUAGAUCUUAUGGAUGCAGAUGGGAUGGAACUAAUAUAAAUAAUUAUGACUAUUAAGCAAUGUUAGCCAACACAGAUGGAAAGUGUGUUGAUCAAAAGUAUGAAAAUUCAUAUUCAAUCAAGAUGCGAAGAUUCUACUAGUUAAUCCGAUUGCACUUCCUUUGGUUAAGUAUCAUGUGAUUGGCAGGACGGCAGUUGUGUUUAAGUUACAUUAUGCAAAGAUUUCUAAACUGUAAAGGGCUGUAGAAAUACAAGAUUUAAGGAAAAGUUUAUAAUUAUGCUAUUAUUAGAUGCGUACCUAUUGUAAAUGGGGAUGUAUUACCACUUGAAUAAAAAUCAACCACUAUUUUUGAUUCAUUUGAGUGCGUCGUUUAGGAAUGCAAACAUAAAUCUAAUAAAUAUGAUUGCACUUUUGUAAAUGGAGUCCAAUGCAUUUGGGGAACUAAGUAUUUAAUUCAUUUAACCCAAGAGGAUGUUCUGUUUGUGCUGCAUUUACCUAAUAUGAAACUUGCAUUGAAAAUAAAGGGUUGUGCUUAUGGAAUUAAAAUCAGUGUUAAAAUAUUGAGUAAUUCAAAAUUUUGAUUUAUGUUAGAUGUUAACAAUACAAAAAUCCUAGUUUGUGUUAAAUGAAGACCGAAUAGUGUGAGUGGAAUACAUUAAAAAUGAGAUGUCAACUCAACUCUACCUAAACAAAUUAACAUUGCUAUUCUGAGUACUUGGAUUAAUAAAACUAAGAAUAGAUUAUCGAAAUAAUUUUAAUUAUUUCCCUUAUUGUUAUUGGUUGA